GCUUGCUCGCUUGACGGCGCGUUCUUGGUACAUCUCAGGUUAACGCGACUAUCGAGCCUUGCAUCAUGACCGACCCCAGUAUGAAUGAAGGCCAUUUAUCUGUUCUACGGUCGUUUUUACACCCUGGUGAAAUAAUCACACCGGAUUCUCCGGCCUACCUACCGAACGCCCAAACAUGGGCAUCCCAAAAACAACUGAACCCCCGUCUUAUUGUCAGGCCUGCAACAAUAGAGACUUUGAGCAAGCUAGUCGCCUACCUAUACUCCACAGACCUGGAUUUUGCGAUUUACGGGCAUGGUUUCAUGUCUGCUUCCGCCAAGGAUGUGCUUAUCAAUAUGUCAGCCUUUGAUAACUUUCACUUCGACGAGCAUUCGGAAUUAGCGACUAUUGGUGCAGGCCAGACAUGGGAGGACGUGUACAGAAAGCUUCGGAAGGCGGCACCGAACUAUGGAAUCGUGGGGGCACGUACCCCUUGUGUAGGGGUAGCUGGUACCAUCAUCAGUGGCGGGUUUUCAUGGCUUUCUGGCGAGUUUGGCUGCAUCUCUGACCCAGAAAAUAUGCUGGAUGCGAAAGUUGUCAAGUACGAUGGUUCUGUUGUGUGGGCGUCAAGAGAACCCCAGCUGCUGUGGGCCCUCCGUGGCGGUGGUGGCGGCUUUGGCGUACUUGUGCAGGUCGUGCUUCGGGUGUUUCCCUAUCCCCAGACGAUUUGGGCGGGUCCGAUUCUGAUUCCCAGAGAACAACUCGAGGGGGUAGCUGGUGGAAUUGCCAACUUCGUCUCCAAACCGGUCGAUCCAAAGAUCACAAUGUUCCUGUAUGUCGUGAAGAAACGGCUGCUCGAGUCCAUUGGCACCGAUACAGAUAUGCUGGUUAUCCAUGUAUUUGACGCACAUGGGGAAGUUCAUGGACGUGCCAGCUUUCAAUGGGCAUUAGAUAUUCCGGGAGCUAUCGACCAAACUCGAAUUACGUGCCUUGAAGGUGUAGCUAACCUGCAAGAUAAAGCGCAUAUUGUCAAAGGCUCAAUGAAACAAUUCUGGGCGCCGCUGCUCUUACCGGAAAUCUCAAAGAAGUCAAUUAUCCGAGCUAUCCGGUGGUCCGAGGAAAUCCAACAACUUGACGAAUCGCUGGCAGAUUGCACCUACCUGAUUUUCGAGUUACUGAGUUCGCGAGAACCAGUGGGUUCAUCAUCAAACUGUGCUUGGCCAAGGCCCGCAGGCGGAAAGCAUAUCCUGCUCCUUGGAACUGGGUGUCCUGCCGGCUCCGGGCCUUGCAAAGAAACCCUUGCACGAGAACUUGCCAUUGAGGCGGCUUCGAAAGUCCUGGGAGAGGAUGCGGAAUACUGCUAUCUACCAAAUGGUUUCGAGGACUUCCAUGACGCCAAAAAGAUAUGGGGGCGUCACUUCGCUCCGCUGCAGGCUUUGAGGAGGCGCUAUGACCCACGCGACAGGCUUAAAGGGGCAAUUAAAGCAUGA